GCCGGAUGCCCAGUAUCAACCCACCCUAUCCGUCUUUUACCCUUGUCAUGUCCAAUAACAUGGGCAGUUCUGGCACUUCUCGCCCAUCCGCAUAUCGCGGCUCCCACUCCGGGAGGUAUCAUCCAUACCCCCGCGCAUACCCAUUGCACUACGAAGACCAUAUGAUGACCGUUGAUUAUCGGUACAGCGAACCUCCGCAAGCUUGUCCGCGUUCGAGUUUUGCCCUACCGGCGAUCAUAGUUGAAGACUGUGAUCUUGAAAUAGAAGCCGGCGCCGCGGACGAUACAGACACCGCCGUCGAGCGUCGCGCCAGGCCCAAUAUAAAAAACAUCGGCGACUAUAUCUUGGCGUUCGUACUUGCCGUUCGGCGUAAAUGCCGCAGAGCGUUGACCGUCAAGAACAUCGAAGACGAACUCCGGUUCGAAUUUGUGAACUGACUCUGCACUCGUUCUUCUUGAGGUGAUAUCAAGCUCUUCGAGGGGGCAGAACAUCAAAAUCACCGCCACCUGCCACGACGUCUUACAUCCUUCCUAGCUAUUGUAUCGCUUUGAAAUGUCGUGUUGACACCGUAUUCCCGAUUUCUUGUGCUGGUCCAUCCAAUGCUGUAUAUAUACGUCCGUCCCGCUCGUCGCGUGGUCAGCGCUACACUGUAUCGUAGUCGUCGUUCCUGUUUGUGAAAAUUUUGUCGAUUGCGGUUCGUUGCACAAUCUAUGCAGUCCUGUCUU